UCCGAGUUGGUACCUCUCCAGACCCCUCGGCUAUGGAGCGGUGACACACUAACCCUUCCCCCGCCCGACCAAGUGGAUAGUACUUCCAUUGAGCCCUCUACGGGAGCUGUGCGUGAGGCCAUCUCGCGGUCCAGUGAUUCCCCCACCGCUGCCUGGACAGCUGGCGACAUCUACUGGUCUGUCCUCACACUUUCGCUAAUGAUCCUGCCCGCCCUGGUGAUGACCAGUUUCAGUCUUGCAUGGUAUCUGCUAGACAAACGAGCUUCCGUUGACCCUCCGCGAUCCACUAAGGCUUGGACCAUUCGAAUCGUUCUGCAUGCUCUUCAGCUUGCACCCAUUGUCAGCCUAACACAUAAACUUAUAAAGGGGAACAAGACCAAGUCCUUCGGUUCCCAGGACGCUUCGGCUGACCUUUUCGUUUUUGUAUGCAACUCAAAGAUGCGGCCAUUUACUCUGAUAUAUGCAGCAACUUGUUUGCCGCUUCUUGGCGUUUGCCGAAAGCGUUCCUGCCGAGUUCUUUUGAUUCUCAGCAAUCGUCACCACCCCACCAGUUUGCCCCUGUAA